CUGAGCGCGGCCAACAUGAGCCUCAUUUCGCUGCAGUCGACGGAGCCGCUCGGUCUGCCCGCCGCGCGUCGUCGCCGCCGCCUCCACCGCCUCCCGAGCAACGCAUCAUCCGCGCGGUGCCGCCGACAGAAUCGGUCAUGUUUCACCGCUCGGUGAAUGUCCAGGGUUAAGUCCCGCAGGCGUUGCCCGACACCGCGCGAGGCGUGCGCCCAAUUUCGUUCCUCUGCCGCUCGCGUGAGAUGCUCUCCAUUUGCCAUGGCGAGAGGUCUGUUUCCAUGGGGGCUCUGCAGAAAGCCGCUGAACAUCCAGGCCAAAUUCUCCUACCUGCAUAUGAAGUACCUGUUCUUCUCCUGGCUGGCAGUGUUUGUGGGGAGCUGGAUAGUGUAUGUCGAGUACUCGUCCUACACGGAGCUGUGUCGCGGGCACGACUGCAAAAAUUCAAUAUGUGAUAAAUACAGGAAAGGAGUCAUUGACGGCUCGGCCUGCAGUAGCCUUUGUGAGAAAGGCACCCUUUACCUGGGGAAGUGCUUCACCGCCAAGCCCAAAAGCCAGGUGUACUCUGGGAGCUGGGGAGACCUGGAGGGAGUCAUUAAGUGCCAGAUGGAGGAUGCUCCUCAUUAUGAUUUGGGGAGUGAGAUGGAGCCGAGGAAGGAGUCGGCGGCCUUCAACAAGCCCACCAAGGGGACCUCUGUGGAAAAGUUCAGGGAGAUGAUCCUCAACCACCUAAAGGCUAAAGUGGGGGAUCAGGCCAACCUCGCCGACCUGGCGACCCAAGUAUUGGCCAUAACAGAUGCCAACAAAGACGGUCACAUCUCGCUGCCCGAGGCUCACUCCACGUGGGCUCUGCUGCAGCUCAACGAAUUCCUGUUGGCGCUGGUCCUCCAGGACAGAGAGCACACGCCCAAGUUACUGGGCUUCUGCGGAGACCUGUACGUGAUGGAGAAGGUGCCGCACUCCCCCCUGUACGGCGUCAGCCUGCCCUGGAUCGUCGAGGUGUGGAUGCCCGCGGGUCUGCGCCACAGCAUGGACCAGUGGUUCACCCCCUCCUGGCCGCACAAGGCCAAGAUCUCCAUCGGACUGCUGGAGCUGGUCGAGGACGUGUUCCACGGCACUUUCGGCAGCUUCCUCAUGUGCGACGUGAGCGCCGCCAGCUUCGGCUACAACGACCGGCACGACCUCAAGGUGAUGGACGCGCGGUACAUCGUCCCCGAGGCCAUCUUCCAGGAAGACAUCAGGCAGCAGCGCUGCGAAGCGGACGAGGACUGCGUGUACGGGGCAGACUGCCUCACUUCCUGCGACCUUACCAAGCACCGCUGCACGCCCGAGGUCACCAGGCCAAACCUGGCCAAGGCCUGCGAGGCCCUCAAGGACUACGUCCUUAGAGGGGCCCCGUCUGACGUCAGGGAGGAGCUCGAGAAGCAGCUGUACGCCUGCGUCACACUGAAGGGUUCGGCCGAACAGAUGGAAAUUGAGCACUCGUUGAUUCUGAACAAUCUGAAGACUUUAUUGUGGAAGAAAAUCUCCCACACAAAAGACUCCUAA